UGCGCGCCCAGAGCGCUCGGCCCCUCGGUCACUGCGCUGCGCGUCCGUCCCCGGAGCCGUCCCCGCCGCUCCGCGCGUAGCAUGGCGCGCCCCCAGGCCCUCGCGUUCGGGCUCCUGCUCGCGGCGAUCGCGGCGACGCCGGCAGCGGCUCAGAAAGACUGUGUCUGUGACAACUACAAGCUGGCAACGAGCUGCUCUUUGAAUGAGAAUGGUGAAUGCCAGUGUACUUCCUAUGGUACACAAAAUACUGUCCUGUGCUCCAAACUGGCAUCCAAAUGUUUGGUGAUGAAGGCGGAAAUGACUCACAGCAAGUCUGGGAGGAGGCUGAAACCGGAUGGGGCAAUCCAGAACAAUGAUGGGCUGUAUGAUCCUGAGUGUGAUGAGCAAGGGCUCUUCAAAGCCAAGCAGUGCAACGGCACAGCCACGUGCUGGUGUGUGAACACUGCAGGCGUCCGACGGACAGACAAAGACACGGAAAUCACGUGCUCUGAGCGAGUGAGGACCUAUUGGAUCAUCAUUGAACUAAAACACAAAGAAAGAGAAAACCCUUACGACCUUCAGAGUUUGCAGACUGCAUUUCAGGAGGCAUUCACAUCUCGAUACAAACUGAGUUCGAAAUUUAUCAAAAAUAUUCUGUAUGAGAAUAAUGUUAUCACUAUUGAUCUGAUGCAAAACUCUUCUCAGAAAACUCAAGAUGAUGUGGACAUAGCUGAUGUGGCUUAUUAUUUUGAAAAAGAUGUGAAAGGAGAAUCCUUGUUCCAUUCUUCUAAAAAAAUGGACCUGAGAAUAAAUGGAGAACAACUUGAUCUGGACCCCAGUCAGACUCUGAUUUACUAUGUAGAUGAAAAGGCACCUGAGUUCUCAAUGCAGGGCCUCACAGCUGGUAUCAUUGCUGUCAUUGUGGUGGUGACGCUGGCAAUCAUCGCAGGGAUUGUUGUCCUGGUUAUUUCUACAAGGAAGAAAUCAGCAAAAUAUGAGAAGGCUGAGAUAAAGGAGAUGGGUGAGAUACACAGAGAGCUCAAUGCCUAACCUCCGUGAUUGAGGAUGGAACCAGCAGAGAGGCAACUGGCAGAAGAACUCAGACUGUAAAUGUAUCGACACGAGACAAGAAGACCUUUAAAGGGUUACUGUUUUGUUAGUUAACGUCACAUAUUUGUAACAGUGAAAUUUGUACUCAUAAAUACAUGCAGCUUGACAUUGGCAUUAGCAAUCUUAAAUUAGAGAAAUGUCUUAUGUAUGCAGGUCCGGUGUGGAACUCAGAACUUAGCCUGCAAAGUUAAGAUAAUUUAUGCUUGAUAUUGAAGAGUGUGGGCCACAAAAAUUCCACAGUAGAAGAUGAUGACUAGUCUCAUUUUGUGAUUAAAGCUGCCUUUCUACAUACCUGAGUAUUGUACAUAAUAAACUUUUUGUAAUGAAAUAAAACAUUUUUAAACUGA